AUGUUGAGUUUGAUUGAAAAACAACGCGCGUUUCACUUGCAGAAAAUGCGAACUCGAUUCACCAGGUUAGAUUUGAAUCACGAUGGUUUCAUAUCUCGCGCAGACUACGAACUCAUGGCCACAAAAGUGCAAGAAAAUGCUAAAUUGAACCCAGAGGACGCUGAAUCGACACGCAAUGCAUUCAUGGCAGUUGCUGAUGCAUUGGGUCUGAAACGCGGAGUAAAGAUCCCUGUAGAAGAAGCAGCUAAAAAAGCAAACCGAGAAUUCUCUGUUAUGGCACAAGAAAAGAAAAUGGCUCUCAUAAAAGAAACUCAUGACCCGAUCUUUGAUGUCCUGGACCUCGAUAAAGACGGAUACAUUUCCCUGGACGAGUUCAAGGUGUAUUUUCAAAUAAUUGCUCCUGAUAUUUCUGAAGAUGAGAUGAAGCAUUCCUUCAACGUGAUUGGCACGAAUGAGGAUGAUAAAAUUAGUCGUGGGGAAUUCAUUGCGGCUGCUUUCGAUUUUAUCCAUGGUUUUGAAGAAACAGAAAUCUCAAAAGUAUUUUUUGGACGCUUGCUAUGA